ACACAGAGCUGGCACAGUGAGAGAGGCGCACAUUGUACUUUGUGCUGGAGAAAAGGAGGCGCGCUGCUCCUCUCCAUUACAUUUCACUUUCCAAACCUUGACGGGAAAACAAUAUAAAAGCCAGGAUGUAAAAUCCAGUCAGAAGACGUCCGCAAAUCCCGCUACAGACCAGUUUUUUUCCCCCUCAGUCUCCGAGUGGUUCUAUAGUCUGGUUAAUUCUGCUCCAUCCAGCCGCGUUUUGUGCGCUCUGCUCGGUGCAGGAGUCAGUCGACCGACCGACGGAGAGGAGGGAGAGGAACCGCUCGCUGCUUCAUCCCGCUGGAUGGAUCCGAGCUCUUCUCUUUUCACUCACUACCUGAGAACUCGGUCUUUACGGAAACUCUCUGUUUGAAAGAGUUGGGAUUUUGUUCCCCACCCUCCGUUUUUAUCGAUGUCAGUUGGUUUUGGGGAAAGUCGAUUCUGAAGGUGAGGAGGACUACAUUGAAGACUUGACAAUGGCGACAGGAGUAGCAGCGUGGCUCCCUUUUGCCCGGGCAGCAGCCAUUGGCUGGAUGCCGGUUGCCAACUGCCCCAUGCCUGUUGCACCAAGAGACAACAGUAAGAGACAGGACGAGCUGAUCAUCCUCAAUGUCAGCGGCCGUCGUUUUCAGACCUGGAGAACCACUCUGGACCGAUACCCUGACACUCUGCUGGGCAGCUCUGAGAAAGACUUCUUUUACAAUGAGGAAAGCAAGGAGUACUUCUUUGACCGGGACCCUGAUGCCUUCAGGAGCAUCCUCAACUUCUACCGGACAGGGAAGCUCCACUACCCCCGCCAUGAGUGCAUUUCAGCCUACGAUGAGGAGUUGACCUUCUUCGGCAUCAUUCCUGAGAUCAUCGGUGAUUGCUGCUACGAAGAGUACAAGGACAGAAAGAGGGAGAAUUUAGAGCGGCUGCAGGAUGAUCAGGAGGAGAACAAGGACCAGAAGCUGCCCAACAUGAACUUUAGGGAGACCAUGUGGCGGGCCUUUGAGAACCCCCACACCUCCACCAUGGCCCUGGUCUUCUACUAUGUCACUGGUUUCUUCAUUGCCAUCUCAGUCAUCACUAAUGUGGUGGAAACAGUCCCCUGCGGUACCACUGCCAACCAGAAAGACAUGCCAUGUGGUGAGCGCUACACGGUGGCAUUCUUCUGCAUGGACACUGCCUGCGUCAUGAUAUUCACAGUGGAGUACCUAAUGCGCCUGUUUGCCGCGCCUAGCCGUUACCGUUUCAUGCGCUCAGUGAUGAGCAUCAUUGAUGUGGUGGCCAUCUUGCCGUACUACAUCGGCCUGGUGAUGACCAACAACGAGGACGUGAGCGGCGCCUUCGUGACGCUACGCGUGUUUCGAGUGUUUCGUAUCUUCAAGUUCUCCCGUCACUCGCAGGGCCUGCGUAUCCUGGGUUAUACACUCAAGAGUUGUGCUUCAGAGCUGGGCUUCCUCCUCUUCUCACUCACUAUGGCCAUCAUCAUCUUCGCCACAGUCAUGUUCUACGCAGAGAAGGGCUCCAGCUCCAGCAAGUUCACCAGCAUCCCAGCUUCCUUCUGGUACACUAUUGUCACCAUGACGACACUGGGGUACGGAGACAUGGUGCCAAAGACUAUUGCCGGUAAGAUCUUCGGCUCCAUUUGCUCCCUGAGCGGUGUGCUGGUGAUCGCCCUGCCUGUCCCUGUUAUCGUCUCAAACUUCAGCCGCAUCUACCACCAGAACCAGAGAGCAGACAAACGCCGUGCUCAGAAGAAAGCCAGACUGGCCAGGAUAAGAAUAUCCAAGUCCGGCAGUGGCAACGCCUUCAUCCAGUGCAAACGCAACGGACUGCUCAACGAACUGCUGGAACUGACGGAUACAGAAGAGGAUGAGCAGAAGCUGCUGACUAAGUCCAUCUCUCUGUUAGAGAGCCAACACCACCACCUACUGCACUGUCUGGAGAAAACCACUGCUCAUGAGUUUGUGGACGAGCAGAUGUACGAGCAGAACUGUUUAGAAACGGUGCUACCGAAUUACCCAUCACGCAGCCCCUCUAUAUCCAGCCAGGACAGCUCUGCGGGUACCUGCUGUGGCCGGAGGGGAAAGAGAAACAGUCCUCUUCCCAAUGCCAGCCUGCCCUCCACACACCAGGGCCCCCUGCAGGAGCUCAGUGCCAUCCACAUACAGUGUGGUGACCCGCCAUUCCACACCGCCAGUCGUUCCAACCUCAACCUGAAAACUGAUAACAGCGGCAGGAUCAACUGCAAAGGCGGCCGGAUCACCACAGCCAUCAUCAGCCUCCCAACACCCCCGGCUUUGACUCCAGAUGGUGAUGGCUUGCACGGGCCCCCACAGAGAAGGCCACUCCCUCCACCGGGUCACCCUGCAACUCCAAGCAUCCAGACCACAUCAAGCUCAGCUGGCACCAACAUCGUCAAAGUCUCUGCUCUGUGACUCUCUGGCUGACAGAUGAGAACUCAGCUCAGCAGGAGGAGAGAAAGGUGGAAGAGGAGGAGGCGAAGCAGGUUACACUACCUUUAUGGACGCACAGUGUCCCGUCCCACAGGGUCAACAGAAAGAACGGUGUUCUCCAGAGAAGUCACCUGCUGGUGUUUAAGAGAAGACAGAUGAUGUGGAGACUUUACUGAGGUAGAGGACUGUAGAUAUGUGAACCGAGAAUCACGCACUCGUCAUGUCGUGUAUGCACUGUAGAUACGGACAGAUUUGCUGUAUUUCUAAUAGUUUCUAACAGCAGUACAGGUGUUUUACAGCAAUUACUGUGAAAAAAGAUUGAAAGACAUUGUACAAUUAGCAUAUCAGUACAUCAGCAGAUGCUGUCGACAUACCACAAACUCACAGUAAAUUUAAAGUGAAUUCACAUUGAAAUAGUGAACAGGAUAUUUUGUUGACUUUAAAUGUGUUUGAAGAAAGAAGAAAAGUGUUGACUGUGUUUAUUUGAUUGGUCUUGUUUGUGUUAUGUGUUGUUUGUCUCAAGUAUUUUGAGGAAAAACAUAAAAUUAAAAUAAAAAAACAUUGAAAACAGUUUUAGUUUUCUUUACAGCAUCAUUUGAAUCUGAACCUGAUGCUGCCAAUAUCGUAAUGCUGAAAUGUGAGUUUGUCGUGUCUGAGCCUGAAAAGAGUGUUUUUGCUGUUUUUUUUCAUUUUGUUGGAAAAUUGUAUCAAUCAUCGUGUCAAAGACUCAAACCAAACUGUGCUUUUAAGUUGCUUCAUGUUUGAAUUUCUGACUGGAGAUUGACCUGACACUGUUCUCAUGACGUUAUAGGUUUUUAUACUGAGGUGAGACAAAGCAGGGAUUCGUCAAAACCCUCGAGCUGACCUCAGACCCACGGUUCCUACUGAAGAAACUCAUUUAAAAAAAAAAAAAAAAAGCUAAGUAAUAUCCUCAAACACCUGGGCACUGCAGUUUCUAGCAAAUGUUACUCAAAUAGUGCAUUUAUUAGGGACUAUUUUCAGCUGUGGAUGAAUACAGAAAGGUUCAAGUGUCAACAGCAGGAUGGCGUAUAUGGGGAGAUAAACUACAGUACCCAUGGUCACUGUCUGUGGCACAUAGGAAUAAGCUAUAUCAGGCUUUGGCUGCACAUGCAGUACUUGUUAGUACAUUGCCGAUUUUGGUCUUUUUAUGAGAUUUGUUGACAAUAAGAAGAAUUUGGACUAUUUCCAGCCUCAUCCCUUAAAGUAAUUAAAUACGUACAAUAUUUUUACUAAAUGAGUACAUGAUCCUGUUUAUAUAAAAGGGAUUGGUGCUUUUUGUCCUGUGGAAUAAUUAAAAGCUGCAACUGUUGCUGCCUCCACUCGCUCGGAGUGUCGUAGGCUGAGAAGGAAAAUAACAGAAAAUGAUCAUAUGUGUGUUCAUCAUGAGCAUGAGUGGGCAUUUCAGCACCACUGUCAUAUCAAACAACCCAACAAUACGAACGGGGGCCAAUUCAUGUUCAAUUCAUCUUUUCCACACUAAAACUGACACUAAAAAAAAAAUGUAUUUAAACCUAAUUACUGUAGUUUUAAAAUAGAGAGAACAGGGAUAAAAUAUGCAAACAUAAAAAUGGCUCUAGGUUUUGGCUGGAAAUCUUAUUUUGUCAUCUCUCUCUCUUUCCCCUGUUUUUUUUUUUUCUUCUGAACAAAGCAGAAAAACAAAUCAGUUGCCUUCAGUUGUACCAUUUUGUGUCUUGAGUGUUUAUAAACUGUCAGUGAAAAAAAUACUAUUCAGUAUGUUCACGAGAUGGCAUUGCAAGCUGCAAGUAUGUUUUCCCUUUGAAACACACCUGAACAAGUUUUAAAUGUAUUUUAAAACUUUAAAUUUAAAUUGAUUGAAGAAGAGUGUAUGCAAGCAAGUACAUUAGAAUACGUAGGAAACGUAUAACAAAAUAAUCCCAACUCAGGGUCCUCUUACUAGCUAUUCUUUGCUUUUAUCAGCAGAUUGGAGUUGUUGUCAUGGAGACGGACUUGUUGAAAUGCAUAAAAUGUGCUUAAAUUUUAGGUCAACAUAAGAUAAGAAGUCCUAAACGUGCUUUGGAUAAAAUCAUGACAGCUGCAGCGUUCGCAUGUCAACAGAUCCAUCACUAUGGCAACUGAGCAAUCUACAUCCGCUGAUGAAGACCAUGUGAUAUGGUUGAAAGCUUUAGCAAGUGGACCUUGCGUUGGGGAUUGUUCGAUUGUUAAACUUUAUUAUUAAUAAGCAGUUCAAUCGUGAAUAAUCUGAAUAUCACAAGAUGCAUUCUGACACUGAAAUCAAAUGAUUGACAAUGAAUUUGAAACGACUGGUCUGGAUUAUGGCCUUACUCCUGCAUUAAUAUUUUAUUUAUAUACCUACCUGCUGCACAUUGUUGCUCAUUUAAAGUUAAUAGACGCCUGUUGUUUGGAAUAGUUUGUGACUACUUGCCAAGUGUGUUAUGGUUUAUCUGUAUGAAAUGUGUUUAUUUGUCUUUCAGUUUGUGUAAACUAUGGUUUAACUUCAUGUGUUUUUCAAUCAUGAAGUACCAAGUGAAAUAGUUUUGCUGUAUUGGUAUACUUUGUGUUACAUUUCUGUAUUUUGUCAUGUUCUUUACGCUGCUAUAUUAGAAAAAAUAAAAAUACAGACCCUUUAGAUCAUUUUAAUUCUCUCUGUUAAUGCUGAAAAUAACAAGCAUCCGCUCAGUCGUGGCGUUCAUAACAUGGAUCUCGGUUACCACUGAUGCAGUAUCUACACAUUAGGGCUUUUUGCAAUAUCAUAGAUCACAGUCAUGCUUCAACGACAGAAAGUACUCUCUCUCACACCAGUGCGACUACUGUAUGAUGAUUACUUGUUGUCAUUAUGAUGGACUUUACUCCAAGAGGCAACGCGUCGGUCACUUUUUUAAAAGUCUUGGCAUUGCUGUUUGUGUUGUUUAUCUUUUUAUCCUUUUGAACUGAGCUUUUCUGUCUGUUCGCUGUGUUUACAGUACUCUGUCAGUUUAUUUGUUAUAAUAACUUUAAAGUGUCAGAUGAAAAUUAAAAUCUGACACAACAAUGAA